CGAAUUUCUUAAGUGUCUUUAUUCAAUCAUUUUUCUUUGUAGUUACUAAAAGCGUCAGAGAAAACGCCCAAAACACAACUUUCUUACACUUUCUUUCCCACUGAUUUGGAUGAGAACAGUAAUCACUAAUCACUAAUCACUAAUCACUAAUCAAACUUGUACUACAAAUUACUCUCAUUUUUCAAAUUUCCCUCUCAAAUUCAUACUUUCUUGAUUUUACCCAUUAAUAUUUGAUGUUUCCUGUUCGAGUUUGACCCUUUUUUUGUUCCGGAUCUAAUACUUUUACGAUAAAAUCCCCCAUUUCUCGGAAAAAAAUCCCAUUAUUUCUUCUCUUUUUCUAUUCCAUUUCAUCUUUUUCUUCACCUCUUAGUAACCCACAUUUUCUGGGUUUUGCAUUGGUUUAGUUUUGUUUCACUUGGAACCGCCAUGGAUACAUCAACUUCUCAAUCUCGUCUUGAAUUGUAUCAGAGGACAUUAUUGCUUGCUUACCAAAGUUUUGGGGUUGUCUACGGUGACCUAAGCACAUCCCCUAUGUAUGUUUACAAGAGUACAUUCUCUGGAAGUUUACGGCUUUAUGAAGAAGAUGUUGAGAUUCUUGGUGUACUUUCUUUGAUAUUCUGGACACUGACCCUAAUCCCUCUUCUCAAGUACAUCAUUUUUGUUUUAUCAGCAGACGACGAAGGAGAAGGUGGAACCUUCGCCUUAUAUUCACUGCUUUGUCGUUCUUCCAAAAUGGGGCUGUUUAAUCCUUCCAGAAUGGGAUAUGCACAUCGACCUCUAUUUGAAAAUGGAAGUUGUAAGAAAGAGACCAAAUGCAGCUUGGCUAUUAAAGAAUUCUUUGAGAAGCAUUAUUACUCACGUUUAGUUCUGCUGCUAGUGGUUCUGCUGGGGACUAGCUUGGUAAUUGGUGAUGGGAUUCUCACUCCAACAAUGUCCGUCUUAUCUGCAGUCUCCGGCUUAAAAAUUAAGAUCCCUCAACUGAAUGAAUAUUACACCGUCUGUGUGGCCUGCAUAAUCUUGCUGCUGAUUUUCUCGCUUCAGCAGUGCGGAACCAGCAGAGUUGGCUUUCUUUUUGCUCCUAUUCUUGUAGCUUGGCUCCUCUGUGUUGGUGGAGUGGGGUUAUACAACAUAGUUCACUGGAAUCCUGGGGUCAUCCGUGCAGUUUCGCCACAUUAUAUCUACAAUUUUUUUAAAGCUACAGGAAAAGUUGGGUGGAGUUCACUUGGUGGGGUUGUCCUAUGUAUUACAGGCGCAGAGGCGAUGUUUGCUGACCUUGGCCACUUCUCACAACUUUCUUUGAGGAUCGCAUUUGCUGGGUUUGUGUAUCCGUGUUUAGUUCUUGCGUACAUGGGCGAAGCUGCUUAUCUUUCCAAGCACAGUAAAGAUCUUGAGAGUAGCUUCUACAAGGCAAUUCCUGAGCCCAUAUUUUGGCCGGUUUUCGUAAUCGCUACACUUGCAACUGUCGUUGCAAGUCAAGCCAUAAUUUCAGCGACAUUUUCGAUUAUAAGCCAAUGCAGGGCCUUGAAAUGCUUUCCACGUGUAAAAAUAGUGCACACAUCCGAUGAUAUACAUGGCCGUGUAUACAUACCAGAGGCCAAUUGGAUAUUGAUGUUUCUAUGCCUGGCUGUUGCCUUGGGCUUUAGGGACACCGACAAAAUAGGCAAUGCUUAUGGGCUGGCCGUGAUCUCUGUAAUGUUUUCAACAACCUGCAUAAUGUUUCUUGUAAUAGUUACCGUGUGGAAAAAGAAUACCCUUGUGGCUCUCAUUUUCGUGUUAUUCUUUGGAUCAAUCGAGCUUGUCUAUAUGUCGGCUUGCGUGGAGAAAAUUCAUCAAGGAGGCUGGGUACCGCUGGUGUCGACCUUUGUCAUAUUAUGUCUAAUGUUAGUAUGGAAGUAUGGAACUGUUAAGAAAUUGGAGUUUGAGAAUCAAAAUAGGAUAUCCUUGGAUAGGUUUUUAAGUCUUGGUCCGAACCUUGGUGUCCUGAGGGUUCCAGGAAUCGGUCUGAUAUACUCUAAUGUCACCUCUGGAGUGCCCCCAAUGUUCAGUCAUUUUGUCGCUAAUUUCCCAGCGUAUCAUCAAGUUGUGGUUUUCGUUACAAUCGAAACAUUACUUAUCCCUAAAGUUCCGGUUCAUCAGCGUCUUGAGAUUAGCCGGGUUGGUCUUCCAGAACUUCAUAUUCUUCGCUGUACUGUAAGGUACGGGUACAAGGAUAGCAAAGACUCGCAUGCCUUUGAGGCGAAGCUGAUGGAUGGGAUUGAUGAGUUUUUGCAACAUGAGGCCCAAGAUGGUGAAAUCCAGGCACCAAGUUCCUCCGUGAGCCAUAGUACCGAAUCAGAUGCAGUAUCGGAGGCUGGUACUGUGGCUCUUGGUAGGAGAAGGGUUCGGUUCAGAGAACCAGAGCGGAAUGUGGGUGUCGAGAGGCUGUCGGAAGCAAAGCAAAUGGGUGUGGCGUACAUGAUCGGUAAUACUCGUGUAGUAGCAAGAGAGGAAUCAUCUUUCCUUAAGAAAUUUGCCAUAAACUUGAUAUACAGGUUCCUAAGGCAGAACUGUCAACGACCAGCAGUCGCACUCGGAAUUCCACAUACAUCACUAAUUGAAGUAGGAAUGGUAUACUACAUCUGAUCAACACUACACAUUAGUUUGAUUUUUACACAUUUUAUGAUUUUAUGUACAAAAUAGAGAUUAGCAAAGGGGGAGAUAAAUGUGGUAAGUUGCACAAAGUUUUUGUAUGUGUACAGGUUAACUCUCUUGGUUGAAAGAUAGUAUAGUUGACCCUUUCAAGUUUCACUGAAUGGUGAUCCCAUUUCUAUGUGAUUAGAAAUAUUGUUAGAGUUAUUCUUGUGAGAGACCGUCUUCCAUGAGAAAAUUUCAAAUAAAGAGUCUAUGCUAAGAUUUGUGUUUA